UCAGGCGGGAGAUGUUUGAACACAUACUCCAUUCCCAUUUUCACCCAAGGAGGUUUCGAUGAACCUGUCAGAGACUAUCAGAUCUGGUCCCACUCCCCUUAACAGGGACUCACCAGUUUUAUCUGCACCCUGCUCUACUUUCAAAAGCAGUGUUCAAAGUGCUGUUCUGUAUUAUUGGCCAGAUAAGUCUAGUGCUGCUUCACAGUCUAUGCACUGUUUGCUUCCUGAAUCAUGGCCUGAACUGUCCAAGCUCAGCCUCCUCUUACCCUUUCAGAGCAGCCUUCAUUCUUAGAAGAUUCUGUUUGUCUGCCUGAAAACAGAGAUACUAGUGCUAACAUCCUCCCCCUCCCCUGUAUUGCGGGUAAGCAAUAGAAAACGCCUACCCACAUGCCACCUGUCCUCAGGUACUUACUUUCUCUCCAGAUGUCCAGUCCACUGCUAUGUAAGAAACGCCGAAUGUCUGCAUACGCUGACAAGCUUGAGGUGCCCUCAGAACCAACCACCGAAGUGCCAGAAGACAGUGAAAUAGACAUAGAUGAAGGUCUUUACUCCCGCCAGCUGUAUGUAUUGGGUCAUGAGGCAAUGAAGCAUCUGCAGACAUCUAGUGUGCUGGUAUCAGGCCUGCAGGGUCUGGGUGUGGAAAUUGCCAAGAACAUCAUCCUUGGUGGAGUCAAGUCUGUCACCCUUCAUGACCAGGGUACUGCCCAGUGGGCUGACCUAUCCUCCCAGUUCUACCUGCGUGAGGAGGAUGUUGGUAAAAACAGAGCUGAAGUAUCCCAGCCCCGCCUUGCUGAACUCAACAGCUAUGUGUCUGUCAGCACCUACACUGGACCCCUCAUUGAGGACUUCCUUAGUGGUUUCCAGGUGGUGGUCCUUACCAGCGCUCCUUUAGAGUUACAGCUGCAGGUGGGUGAAAUAUGUCACAGCUGUGGGAUCAAGCUGGUGAUGGCAGACACCCGGGGCCUGUUUGGGCAACUCUUCUGUGACUUUGGAGAGGAAAUGAUUCUUAUAGAUUCCAAUGGGGAACCGACACUCAGUGCUAUGGUUUCUAUGGUCACCAAGGAUAACCCUGGAGUUGUCACCUGCCUGGAUGAAUCCCAGCAUGGGUUUGAGAGUGGCGACUUUGUCUCCUUCACAGAAGUACAGGGCAUGAGUGAACUCAAUGACGCCCAUCCCAUAGAGAUCAAAGUCCUGGGUCCCUAUACCUUUAGUAUCUGCAAUACGUCCAGUUUCUCCGACUACAUCCGUGGAGGCGUUGUCAGUCAAGUCAAAGUAUCUCAGAAGAUUAGUUUUAAACGUUUACAGACCUCACUAGCUGAGCCAGACUUUGUGAUAACAGAUUUUGCCAAAUAUUCUCGCCCUGCUCAUCUGCACAUUGGCUUCCAGGCCCUACAUCAGUUCUGUGCUCAACACAGCCGGCCACCUCGGCCCCAUAAUGAGGAGGAUGCAUCAGAACUGGUGACCCUAGCACAAGCUGUGAAUGCUCGAGCCUUGCCAGCAGUCCAGCAGGACAAGCUGGAUGAAGAACUCAUCCGGAAGUUGGCAUAUGUAGCUGCUGGGGAUCUGGCACCCAUCAAUGCCUUCAUUGGGGGUCUGGCUGCCCAGGAGGUUUUUAAGGCUUGUUCUGGCAAGUUUAUGCCCAUCAGGCAGUGGUUGUACUUUGAUGCCCUCGAGUGUCUCCCUGAGGACGGAGUGGCCUUCGUGGAGGACAAGUAUCUCCCACGCCAGAACCGUUAUGAUGGGCAGGUGGCUGUGUUUGGAUCAGACCUGCAAGAGAAGUUGGGCAAGCAGAAGUUCUUCCUGGUGGGUGCAGGGGCGAUUGGCUGUGAACUGCUGAAGAACUUCGCCAUGAUUGGGCUAGGCUGUGGGGAGGAUGGGGCAGUCACCGUUACUGACAUGGACACCAUUGAGAAGUCCAAUCUGAACCAACAGUUUCUCUUCCGUCCCUGGGAUAUCACAAAAUCAAAGUCUGAUACAGCUGCCGCAGCAGUGCGCCAAAUAAAUCCACACAUCAGGGUGAUGAGCCACCAGAACCGUGUGGGCCCUGACACAGAACACAUUUAUGACGAUGACUUCUUCCAAAACCUCGAUGGUGUGGCCAAUGCCUUGGACAAUGUGCAUGCCCGCCUAUACAUGGACCGCCGCUGUGUGUACUUCCGUAAGCCUCUAUUGGAAUCAGGCACACUGGGCACCAAGGGCCAUGUGCAGGUGGUUAUUCCCUUCCUGACCGAGUCCUACAGCUCUAGCCAGGACCCCUCUGAGAAGUCUGUCCCCAUCUGCACACUGAAGAACUUCCCCAGUGUAAUCGAGCACACCCUGCAGUGGGCUCGGGAUGAGUUUGAAGUCCUCUUCAAGCAGCCAGCAGAAAUUGUCAACCAGUACCUCACGGACCCCAAAUUUGUGGAGGAGACACUACACCUGGCAGGCAUCCAGCCUUUGGAAGUGUUGCAGACUGUGCACCGUAGUCUGGUGUUGCAUUGGCCACAGACCUGGGCUGACUGUGUGACCUGGGCCUACCACCACUGGCACUCCCAGUAUUCAGACAACAUCCGGCAGUUGCUGCACAGCUUCCCUCCAGACCGGCUAACAAGCUCGGGAGCACUGUUCUGGUCUGGGCCCAAACGCUGUCCACAUCCACUCACCUUUGAUGUCAACAAUCCCCUCCAUCUGGACUAUGUGAUGGCUGCUGCCAACCUGUUUGCCCAGACGUAUGGACUGACGGGGUCUCAGGACAGAGCUGCAGUGACCACCCACCUGCAGUCUCUGCAGGCCCCCAUGGAUCCUGGUAUCAGGAUCCAUGCUUCUGACCAGGAGCUGCAGGGCACCAGUGCUUCUGUCGCAGGUGACGAUUACCUGGAGAAAAUCAGAGCUAAGCUUCCGAGUCCAGAAGCUAAGCUUCGUGGAUUCAAGAUGUACCCCAUUGACUUUGAAAAGGAUAACGACAGAAACUUCCACAUGGAUUUCAUUGUGGCUGCAUCCAACCUCCGUGCAGAGAACUAUGGCAUUUCCCCUGCAGACCGACAUAAGAGCAAGCUGAUUGCAGGGAAGAUCAUCCCAGCCAUCGCAACAGCCACAGCUGCUGUGGUAGGCCUUGUGUGUCUGGAGUUAUACAAGGUGGUUCAGGGACACCAAAAGCUUGAGUCCUAUAAAAACAGUUUCAUCAACUUGGCUCUGCCCUUCUUCAGCUUCUCUGAGCCCGUUGCCCCACCCCAUCACAAGUACUAUAACCAGGAGUGGACAUUGUGGGAUCGCUUUGAUGUACAGGGACUGCAGUCUAAUGGUGAGGAGAUGACACUCAGGCAGUUCCUAGACUACUUUAAGGUAAGCCUGCUUCCUCCUUCACUUCUCACAUCUGGAGAGAGUGCUUGUGCAGGUGACAUUGCACUGUCCACCUCACUGACAUUGUUGUUCCCUCCUCACCACUCUCUCCAGACAGAGCACAAACUGGAAAUCACAGUGCUGUCUCAGGGUGUGUGCAUUCUCUAUUCCAUCUUUAUGCCGGCUGCCAAGCUCAAGGAACGAUUGGAUCAGCCGAUAACAGAGAUUGUGAGCCACGUGUCGAAGCAAAAACUGGGCUGCCGUGUAUGUGCCCUGAUACUUGAGCUGUGUUGCAAUAACGAGAGUGGAGAGGACGUCGAGGUCCCUUAUGUGCGAUACAUCAUUCACUGAUGCCUGGCUACUCCUUUACCCCAAACCCCAGCAGUCUACUUGCAGAUCCCUUCUAGUUCUGAUAAAAGCUGAAUUCAGCUCAGCAUAUGCGCCUUGUUCCAAAGAUGUUUCUGGUUUAGAAUUGGAAUUCACAAUAAAGACUUACCUAAGUGUGGUGUGUUCCUUGUUUUGCCAAAGUCCAGUGCCCUGUUGUCGUUGGGAGGGAGCAGUUACUUCAUUAAGGAAUGGUAAUUAUUAAUCCAAAUGGUCUGGCCUCCAACAGCAUGGAAUAUUCACCAAAUCCAAGGUUAUAGGACAAAGAAGAUUAAACUUGACUGUACUCAUAAAUGCGGAACAUGCUAACUUUUCUUCUUAUUCUGCCUAGAAAGAUAUGAAGGCACCCAAAGG